CCGAAUAGUGUAGAUGUGAUCGUUGUUAAUCACACUAUUUAUCUUUGUACAUCACGAUCAAAUACAUCAUUUAAUCAUGUUUACAUAUCGUUGUACAAUUGAGUGGUGAAAAUGACUAGAAAACUUGAAUUUCAUUGUCAAACAUUCAAUGUUUCCCAUUUGUUUUUGUUUAACCUACUAGUGGCAAAGUAAUAUCUUUGGGAUUGUUAUGUAAACUUCAUUUCUAAUGUUUAUUUGUGAGUUUACUUUCUUGGUACGAAAAUCAUAUUUGUUUCAUGACGGAUGAUACGUGACUCUAGUGUAAUAUUUGAAUACAUACAUGCACCAUAUGUAAAGUGAGUGUGUGAAGGAAAUUUCAUUUGAACGAGAAUUAAGAGAAGACUUGAAAACUUAUGUAUAGCAUGACCGCGAAUCGUACAUAAAAAGUAUCGAGGUUUUUUGUUCAUACUUUGAAUGAAAAAAGUGUUAGUUUUGAAUCUGGUUUUAUUUAUUUGAUGAAAAGAAAGUGAAUACAGUGAAUUGAUUUACAAUUAAAAAUAAAAACAAGUAAUAUUAUGAAGAAAAUUGAAUUGGACUAUUCUAAUAAUUGAAUCAACGAAUUGAAUGUUCUCUAGAAAAUAUUUUACACGUGUUAUAGUACGAAUAAAGCAGAUUUUGAGUAACGAUCUUGAAUGUGGGGCGAUGAAUAGGACCCGAGGGUCUGGGUGAUAAUUCCAAAACGUUGCAAGCGGCUAUACCAAUAUCAGUUAGUGUCCAACAUGCCUGCACUCCUGGUGUCCCUGAUGCUCGGUCUCCAACUUGCAGCUGCACAAGCGGAUAAUUUAGGUCUUUUAUCCGGUACAUUGAAAGCCUAUCAACGAGCCGCCUGCGACGAAGAAACUAUGUCACUUAGGUGUCCUCCAGGCACCUCAAUCUCCAUUGUUUCCGCACGCUAUAAACGAGUUCUAGGAUCCAAGGAAAAGUGCUUCAACGAUAGAUUAGACCUUUCUAUAUCUAAUAAUGCACUUACCAACGAAACAUGUCAAUUUUCUAAUGCUCUUGAGUAUUCACUGUUGCAGACUGUGGUGGAAAUUUGUCAGAAGAAAAGGAACUGCAAGUUCAAUACCCAUCCGAAGAAUCAAAAUGAUCCUUGUCCACAGUUAGCCAAGUACACAGAAGUAACAUACAAAUGUCGUCCAUAUGAAUUUCGAAGCAAAGUUGCUUGCGAAAAUGACGCAGUUAAUUUAGUGUGUAAUCCUGGCAGCCGAGUAGCGAUAUUCAGUGCUUCUUAUGGUAGGACUGAAUACGAAUCUCUCCAGUGUCCUCAACCGCAUGGAGUCAAAGAGGAAACUUGUACUGCUCCACAUGCGACAGAAAUAGUACUCAAGUUAUGUCACGGAAAAAGAAAAUGUUCAGUAACCGCAAAUUCUGCCACAUUUGGAGAUACUUGCAAUCCGGAAACACGUUCAUAUCUGAAAGUUAUUUAUACAUGUGUUCCACGGAGUGUUUUGAGAGAGCAAUUUGUCGGAGAUCUAGAGCCGGAUGAAGUGGAUCUUGUACCCGAGUUUGACGAAGGAUUCGAUAGAACGGACUUUAAAACAGAGUUUAGUCCAAGUCCGAAUUUAGAAAAUCCUGAACCUCCACCUAGAGACAACGAAACGAUCGAUUCUACAACUGUAGACUCAUCCUUACCUCGUGCACGGACCAACAAUGACAUACCUGAAGAGGAUCAAGCCAUGGUUGACUAUCUCAAUGAAUGGAUUAGCGUAUAUUCAUUUAUUACAAGAAAUCAAGAGAAGUUUUACUUAUACAUAAUAGUAUCAGUAGCUGCAGGAGUGACAGUCUUUCUAAGUCUUAUUAUUGGUCGACUCCUAAUUAGUCGGCAUCGAGCAAAAAAAGACACCAAAUUCCAUGAUAAUAACGAAACUUUGCCUAAUGGCUUUACGGAUGAAAUUUCCGAGAUUGACGCUGAUAUUGAUCUUUCAACUCCAGUUCCGGUUCCAAUGCAAGAAACCAGAAUUCCUGAGACUCAAUUGGCGGAACGAUUGCACGGAACGGAUCACUAUUACCCAGAUGUCAGGAUGCCUGUAUCAAUAGAACCAAUACAUCAAAUUCCACCACACGCUGGAGUUCGCGUUGAUCUUGGUAAUCACAUGAUUGGCGCUGAUAGUCUUCACACGAUUUUAUCGACAGAAAAUUUAAGGAAUAUAUCCAACAAAGGGUGUUAUUAUUAUGGCUGACAAGACGAAGGGGUCGUCCCACAAGUGGGUCGUCCCCUAUCAGUGAGCCAUGUGCAGCCAGUCAGCGCCAGAAAGUAUUGUUUUUAAUGUCAGACAUUUAUUUUUAUCUAAAACUAAUAAUGCGUAUGAAUGAAAAAUUGGGAGCUUGUAAAUAUAAUAAAUGAAUAAAUGAAUGGAGUAAAUGUUGCGUUAAUGUAAAGUAGAAAAAUUUAUUAUAAUUAUAAUUGAUUAUAUCACUAGAUUUUUGAGCGACUGACAAUGAUUAUUCAAGAAAAUAAACAGUGCAAGAUUUGGAUUAUCAGGGUAGUUGCAAAUUACAUGUCGAUGUUAUGAAUACAUAACUGUACAGUUACUGCCAAAUAUUUUUUUUUAUUAAGCCUAACAAGUUUGUACAAAACUGAAAUCAUGUGUUUAAUUAUACUUGCAUUUAUAUUACUUAUAAGUUUUGUAAAAUAUUCAAUGAAACAUAAUGAAGUAUGGAGUGAAAAUAUACACAGUCGAAUGAAUUAUGAUAUUAUAAAAAUUAAUAUUUCACAUUGUGGUAUAAAUAAAUCAUAAGUUGAAUGAUUGUAUUUGUGUCGAUAUGUACUGAGAAAAAAUUUAAUUUUGGAAGUCAUUUUUUAUUGAUCACAAAGAAAUAUUUUUAACUAGGUUUUAAUUGGAUGUAAAAUUUAAAUAUUGGAAUGGGAAAUAGCAACAAGCAAAUUUUUUAUUUUUGCUUAAUUAUUUUAAAAAUAAUUGCAUCGAUAGAGCUCACAAUUUAUUUAAUUGAAACUCACUUUAAUACGCAAACGAAUACCAGAAUAUUCUAUAAAUAGAUAGUGAUUCAGAAAACAAGAUUGCUUACACUAAUGACUAUCGGAGCGAAUGAAAAAUCACAAUUUUUUAAAUAAACAUUGCAAACCCACUGUUGACAAGAGUUGACAACAAUAUCAUUCAAUUUUACUGGAAGUGACAUAACGAAUGUAUACCCCAGAUUUCCAAAAAAUACAAUGAUUUAUGCAGAAUAAAUAAAUGAUUGAACAAUACAAAGACAAAUCUAAUAUAAAAAUGGCAUAAAAUAAAUAUUUUUUAUUUUGAAAGAAUAAUUAAAUAAUAACUGUAUUGUACUUUCAACGAAAAUAGGUUUUUUGGAAAAAAUAUUAACUGAAAUAUUUAAAAUAGUUUUACAAGUAUUACGUAAAAGUAAAGAAAAAAAUAGACAUACAAAUUUAAAAUUAAUUUUCUCAAACCUUUGUUAUAAAUAUUCUUUUGUAAUGAAUUGAAAAAAAAAGUAUUAAUAUCCAAGCGCACGUUUUUACAGUACAUUAUCAUUGCUAAUUAAUAGCUUCAUCUUUUAUUAAUAAAGGCUGUGAUGAAGCUACAAGCAGUGACAUAAUUACGAUCAUUUACCUCAUAAAAAAUAAAAAAUAAUUUAUAAGUGUAUAUUGAUUGUGGUAUAUAUUAUCUGCGGAGUGCCUGAUAUUAUGGUGGUGUGACGAUAAAUUGCGUGGAGAUUUUGCUUGAAGUGACGUGCAAUAUUUUUUACAUUACAACUUGUUUCACAAGACUUAAAGAAAAUAAUUUCACCACACUUACUGUAUUAAGAAAUUUAGAUAAUUAAUUAGAUAAAAAAGUGUGAUUGUGUAUCAUUUAACGGUACUGAAGUUUAUAACAAUUGAUUCCACGCUAAUUGCCAUACCAUCACAUAUAAAAAUUGAUAAUCUAGUAAGAAAUUAACAAUUUAAAAUUAUUAUUGUUUAUAUAAAAUGAAUACUUAUCAUAGUUGAGAAAAUUAUUGAUGUCAAAUCUAGACGAGAGUUAUUCUAAAAAGGAAAAAAAAAGAAACAUCAUUCGACAUAUAUUGCGAUUGUGUGAAAUUACCUUUUGUUAAUAAGUGAAUGAAUUGAAAGCAGAAUAAAGUAUAUAUAUAAAAAAACUGAAUAUCUAUAAAUGUUAUCAACAAAAUGGUGCUCAAUCACUAUCCCGUCGAAAGCAAUAUAGAAUAAUGAAUGAGUUAUUGUAUAAUUUCAUCAAUCAUUCUAUUAAUCUAAUUAUUAUUAAUUCCACAUCAAUUUAUUAUAAUUAUUACUUCAACAUAUUAUAUAAACUCACAAUGUUA